UUUCUGGUCUAGAAGAUUCUCCAGGAGCAGGUGGAACAGGCUUUUGGGCCGUUAGAUUCCCUGCCGGAGACACGAAACCGAACCCGCCCCAACGGACCAACCACGUUGUUAUCUCACAUUCACAAAAUUUUUCUCUUUUUCAAGGAAUUCAGUUCCCACCCUCUUCCUUCCUCACAUUCAGGUUUUUGGGUAUAUAAAUGGAUAUUGAUGAAAUUUUUGGCACUAACCGACCCGGAAACCUUCCAACAAAGAGUGCAAUUUUUGUAUGGGGGUAUAAUCAGUCGGGGCAGACGGGUAGGAGGGGCAAAGAGUGCCAAUUGAGGAUCCCUAAGCAGCUCCCUCCCGAGCUUUUUGGGUGCCCGGCCGGAUUCAAUUCGCGAUGGUUGGAUAUUGCUUGUGGUCGUGAGCAUACUGCGGCCGUGACCUCCGAUGGGUCACUUUUCACUUGGGGUGCUAAUAGCUUUGGUCAAUUGGGAGAUGGAACUGAGGAGAGAAGGAAGCACCCUAAGAAAGUGAAACAAUUGCAGACGGAGUUUGUGAAAUCUGUUUCGUGUGGAGCACAUUGCACUGCUUGUAUUGCCGAGCCUCGUGAAAAUGAUGGAACCCUCUCGACAAGUAGACUCUGGGUUUGGGGCCAAAAUCAGGGAUCGAAUUUUCCUCGCUUAUAUUGGGGGGCCUUUACACCUAAUACGAUGAUCCGUCAAGUGUCCUGUGGAGCAGUGCAUGUGGUGGCCUUAUCUGAGGAUGGCUUGCUACAAGCGUGGGGCUACAAUGAAUAUGGUCAGCUUGGCAGAGGUCUUACCUGUGAAGGACUACAGGGAGCUCGUGUAAUAAAUGCUUAUGCGAAGUUCCUUGAUGAGGCUCCUGAGCUUGUGAAGAUUACCCAAGUGUCAUGCGGGGAGUACCACACAGCAGCAGUAUCUGAAAAUGGCGAGGUCUAUACUUGGGGGCGAGGAAAUAUGGGUCAACUUGGGCAUUGUUCCCUCCAGUCCGGUGAUAAAGAGCUAUUGCCAAGGAGAGUGGUUGCCCUUGAUGGAAUAUUCAUAAAGGAUGUUGCAUGUGGUGGUGUACAUACAUGCGCUAUGACUUUGAAGGGAGCUCUUUAUGCUUGGGGUGGUGGUCAAGUAGGGCAAUUAGGCCUUGGCCCCCAAACAGGAUUCUUUUCAUGCAUUCCUAAUGAAUCGGAGACAUUUCUCCGCAAUUUCCCUGUUUUGGUUGUUCCAAAUGGCGUGCAACUUGUAGCAUGUGGACAUUCCCAUACACUUAUUUCCAUGAGGGAUGGAAGAAUUCAUGGAUGGGGCUACAAUAACUAUGGUCAGGCAGCUAACGAGAAAUCUACCUAUGCUUGGUAUCCAUCUCCAGUUGAUUGGUGUGUUGGGGAAGUGCGGAAAUUAGCAGCUGGUGGUGGUCAUUCAGCUGUGUUGACUGAUGCAUGUUCCUUAAAAGAGUUGUGUGAGUUUAGGCUUGCAGAUAGUGUGACUCUACUGAAUGCUUCUGAUGUCGAGGAUGUUGCUUCCAGAACAGGAUCAGAUGCUUUAGCACGCCUUUGUGAGAGAUUGAGGGAGCAUAUGCUUGACGGUGGUGAUUGUGAACAUGAAGAUGAAUUCAAUGGCGUGCAGAACUGAAGAAACAAUUGAAUUGGCUUCAAGAUAGUUUAUCAUUUUUUGGGCGUUUCAGACCUGUAUCGAGCUGUUGCUCCAGAUUUUGAAGCUCUCUCAAACCCAAGGGGUCCAAAUCAUCUCCAAAGAGGUUCCUACAUUGACCAAUGUAAAAUAUGUCUUAAAAUCACAUUCUUUCCUUCGCAUAUUAUUAUUUAGAGAAAUCUUGAAAGCAUUUCUACCCUUAAUUGAAUCUUUGAACAAAAUCUAUUGGUUAACAUAUCAUCAUUUCUAAUAAUUUUUUUGGCUUU